AUGAGUUACUUCUCAUUCGGUGAUCUCCCCACCAUCCAGACCCGCAAGGCUUUGCUGCUGCUUGAUUUCCAAAAUGACUUUGUUCGGCCAUCCGGGGCGCUGCAUGUCCCCAACACGCCUGAUAUCCUCGAGACUCUCCCUCAACUCGCAGCAGCCUUCCGUCGCGUGGGUGAUGUAGUAUGGGUGCGCUCUCAAUUUGAUACCCCACAAGCCAUUACCGAUUGGAAUUUCGGGGAUCGCAUUGUUUUGGAUCGAGAACCCCCGCGCAGGAAGCCAUUGCCCUCAUCUGAUGUGAUUGAAGUCGGAUCGGACCGUGAUUCACCUGAGCCUAUUGACCCGGAAGCUUUUCUCUCUGCCGACCCAUCACGAUGUGUUGCCCCCCAGACUCCGGGAUAUCAGUUUCCCGCACCGAUCCUCGCCGCCAUCGAUGCUCAGAAAGAUACUGUUAUGGACAAAACAGCAUAUUCUGCCCUGGAGUCGCCUGGUCUGAUACUCUCCUUUCGAACACGUUUCGUUACUGAACUCUAUCUGUGUGGUUCGCUGUCCAACGUGUCUGUGUUUGCCACCGCUCUGGAUGCCGUGCGCAAUGGCUUUUCGGUGACCCUGGUUGAGAACUGUUUAGGAUUCCGUGAUUUCCAACGGCACCAAGAAGCUAUGCGUCGCAUGGCAGACAUCCUCGGUGCGACUGGUACAACUUCGCAGGAGCUCACUCAGGAGCUAGAUUGGGACGAGACUGAUGCGAUUGCGCGCCAAGGUGCGACGCGGCCGAAGAGAUCGGCUAAUACAGCUGGCAUCGAGAGCAUCAUGGAUGGAUUGGAGGUUUGGACCGCCAAUGAUACAACAGCAAAGGAUGAUGAUCCACAAGAGGAGGAUGAGUUCAGUAUUGCAGAGCUUGCCUCUCGUUCCCGCGCACAGCGCGCAGCCGCGCAGUCGCGGGGUUCAGCGGAAGAAAAGAAGAAAGUGCGUGCGCGAAUCCGCCGUCCUAAACGCCGAGAGCUCACACCAGAAUCCGGAGCUGGACCUCGCGCAGAUCAUCACCAGCAAGAUCCGCCUUCCAGGCUGGGGGUAACACGCAAUACAUCCCAAAGUGGUAUUGGAGAAGGUGACUCGCGCAUCGUGCACAACGUCGAUCUGCCAGCAGAUGCAUUCGAGCGCAUCCAGGCGGAGGUGGAAUGGCAGAAGAUGUACCACCUCUCAGGUCUAGUUCCUAGAUUGGUGGCUGUCCAAGGCCAAGCGCAACCAGAUGGAGCAAUACCAAUCUAUCGCCACCCUGCGGACGAAUCUCCGGCCUUUAGGCCUUUUACACCUACAGUUGAUGCAGUACGGGCCACAGUUGAGCGCAUCCUGGGUCACCCUUUGAACCACGUGCUCAUACAGCUUUACCGUAACGGACAAGACCGUAUCUCGGAACAUUCAGACAAGACGCUGGAUAUUGUGCGGGGGUCUUACAUUUGCAAUGUCAGUCUAGGCGCUGAACGCGUUAUGCUUCUUCGAACCAAGGCUUCAGCCUCUGAGCCCGCAGAAGGAGCGGAAUCGGGUCGGACCACGCAGCGCGUGUCUCUCCCUCAUAAUUCACUCUUUAUCUUGGGUCAAAAUACGAAUAUGCGAUGGCUUCAUGGAAUCCGGGCAGACAAACGCCCUAAUUCGACCAAGUCUGCUGCUGAGCAAGCAUACGGCGGUCAACGGAUUUCUCUCACUUUCCGACACAUUGGUACUUACAUUGAACCUGCUACCAACACAAUCUGGGGCCAAGGUGCUGUCAGUAAGACAUUGGACCAAGCGCGCCCGGUAAUCCAUGCAGAUGCCGCGGGGACAGAGCGACUUAUUGCUGCCUUUGGCCAAGAAAACCGUGCUACCGAGUUUGAUUGGGAUGCUGUGUAUGGCGAAGGCUCUGAUGUUGUCAACUUUGUCACCCCGUCUACAGCACAGCUGGUACUCAGCGGAGACCCAGUGAUUAACUUGCGUGUGCAACUUUGUUUGGGAGAAAACGGCAUUCGAUAUGAAGUUGUCACCGACCAUGCAGCAAAACGUAUUGGCAAUGAUCAAACACCGGCUUUACCGUUAUACAUUGCUUCCGAUGGAUUGACUGCGGCUGGUGACUCUGCUAUCCUGACCCAUUUGGCCCAACACGUCGAAAUUACACGUCCAGGUGCAGAUCCAUUGGGUGGGGGUGACUACUUGCCAAUCAUCGACCGAUUCUUGAUGCACUGGCGCGAACAUCGUGCCAGCAAUCCAGUUGAGGCAUUUGAGUUCGGCUUUGAAGAUUGGGAGCGUGUCCUCGGGGGGCAACACUAUCUAGGAGGUACUGUGCUCGCUAUUGAUGAUUGUUCUCUCUGGCCAGUUUUUCGGGAGAUCAUGCAAGCACAAGGGGCGUUCAAUGUCCGGUUUACAAAUGUGAACCAAUACUACGAAAGAGUCGCAAAACGAGGUAUCGUCCAGUCAAUUUUGGAAGAAUGA